AUGGCUUCAUCUUUGGAAGAGCUUCUUGCAGAAGACGGGUUCAAAGGAAUCAGAAGAGUGCCAAGGUCUAGAUCUUCCUUCCACUAUGGUGCUUCAAGUGAACCUCUUUACUCUAUGGAAGGUAGACUUUGUGUAUCAAGUGAAAGAAUUCGACCGCAGAGACAAAAGUCUGAUGCUUCAAGAUAUCAGAUUACAAGUGGGCAGCAGAAAACCGACACUCAUACUGCAAAGAACCGAAGAUCAAGGGAUAAUGUUAUUUUCAGAGGAGAAAUGGAUGAACGGUUGGAGGUUGAAGCCCAGAAGAACUCUUCUCGAGAUACUGAUUCAGGUGAAGAAGUUCAUACCAAAUCGUCAGAAUACAUGCCAAGGGAUGAAAUCACUGAGGUGAUGGAACCAGAAGCUAGCAGAUUUGAAGAUACUUAUUCAAAAGAAGUGUCUGCAAAAGGAGGCAAAGAAAAGAAUAUCUAUGAACUCGUGGAGGACAAAAAAUGGGCGGAAAAGCCUGCCAAGGAUGCAAAGGUGCAAAGCAGAAGUUCCAGCAUGCACAUGCUUAGACAUUUGAGCGAAACUGGAAAGAAAAUAAAUCCCCAGAAGAGCUUUGAAUACAGCAGCAGGAACAAAAGUAGAAAUCUUGCCGUGCAAGUAGCUUCUAGUCUUGCUCUUGAUGAAGUAGCUGUUCAAGCCGUAGUUUCCAUUCUAAAUGGGUAUAUAAAUCGUUUUCCAAAGGAUGAGGAUUUUCGGUCUACUUUGCAUCAUAGAUGUUUCUCCUCCUUGAAUUUUCUUGAAUUGAAAGAAGAGAAAAUUAUUCAGAACAAAGUCAUAAGAAGUCUUGAGCAAGCAAUUGAGGCCAUUGAACAAUCCGUGGAGGAACCUGUAUCUGCCAUGUAUCUGAAAAGAACAACGAUGCAGCUUAGUAUUAUCACAGGUUUGGGUUUAAAUGAUUUGAAAUACGAUUGUACGUGUGGGAUUCCGAAUUAUAAGUUGUCAGCAUGUGCUCAUCUUUACCUCAGUGUGGUCUACAUGAUUCAGAAAAAAAAUAAGGUGUCAGCAAAGCAUCUCUUGCAAGUGUUUUGUGAUUCUCCCUUUCAGGCACGGACUAUGUUGUUGCCUGAACUGUGGAAGCAUCUAUUUUCUCCACAACUUUCUCAUUUGAAGGCAUGGUACAAGAAGGAAGAAGGAGUUCUAGUAGACACACCAAACAAAACAAGAAGACUAAAACUUCUUCAAGAGGUGUAUAAUGAGCAUUUGGAUUCUGGAACUCAUAUAUUUUCUGUAUAUUACAAAGAUUGGCUUACUGAAGGAGUGGAAUCUCCAACAGUUCCUUCAAUUGGCAUUCCAUCAGUUUCUGUCUCAAGAAGUCAAGAGGGAAGUUCACUUGGUCACUCUUUUGAGUCUGCUAGCUCCAUUGACCCAUUCUCACCACAGCCAAUGGUCAGCAAGAAACUGUAUGAUUCUAUGUUUGGUAGCUUUAGAAGACCAGGAGUUUACCAAGUCAAAGAUGUUAAGGAUGAUGGUAACCAAGACAACUGCAUGAAAGGCUCUUAUGGUUCAACAUUUGUUGAACAGACAUUAACAUAUGAGUCUGAAACUGUUAAAUUUACAGAUCUAGAUAUUGAAGGUUUCUCUCAAGGUGUAGCUAUUGAUACAAUCAAGCCUCACAAAGGAAAUUCAAUGGAAGCUGCAGAAGAAGUGCGGAAAAGGAAUGUCAGUGAUGAAAUUAGUAACUCUUUCUCUAUGCAAACUAAUUUAACCAAGCACACUGUUGAUGCCCUACCAUACCAAAAAGCAAAUGAACUUGGUCUUAAAAAGAUAGCAUAUUCUAUUAAAUAUUGGAUUGUACAUGAAAAUAUUGGUGCAGGAUUAGAUUUUCCAAGCACUCCACCGGAGUUUAUUUGUUCUCUAACUGGAAAUCUCUUUGAGGAACCGGUCACCCUAGAGACAGGUCAAACCUUUGAAAGAGAGGCCAUCAAAGCAUGGUUUGAAAAGGGAAAUAGAACAUGCCCGGUAACAGGAAUUGCCUUGGAAUGCGUGGCCAUUCCAUUUACCAACCUUAUUUUGAAGCGUUUGAUUGAUAAUUGGCGGUCAGAUCGUUUUGAUUGCCUUCUUGGUCUUGCUUCCAAAAGAGUGGAGAAUUCAGAGGAUCUCAAGUUGAAAGAAGGAGACGAGGCUGCUGUUUUCAAGUUAGAGAGUCUUUUCUCCUCUCUGAAAGAAGAGGAGAAAUCAACUUAUGUUAAGCAUCUCAUGUCUUUAGGAUUUCUUCCAUUUCUUUUUAGAAGGUUUGAACAGGGAAAUGUGGAAGAAAAAUCACAAGUGGUGUCACUUUUGCUAAAUUGUAUUCAAGUAGACUCUGGUUGCAUAUAUAAGAUAGCAAGGAAUGUUAACAGAAAGUGUCUUCUCGAGCUUCUUCACAGCAAGGAGGUUACCCCAACAACAAAUGCAAUACUAUUCCUUACUGAACUUUUAUCAAUGAAGAGGUGA